AUGCCUCUAGUAAAGAAACAAAAUAUAUUUGAAAAGUAUUAUGGAAAUCAGGGAUACCCACAGAUGGGCGAUGGAGAAGAAGUCGUGCCUGCAAUGGAACGCAAUAUGGACUAUGGUACAUUUAAUUUUCGUGGCGGAAAUAUGAAAUCCAACGGCGCAAAGGCUAGAAAACUAAACCCAAACGACCUUGGGUACGGCGACUUGAAAAGGGUAGAAGACGCUGAUCAGUCGGUUAACGAAGUGAUCAACUCCAUUAUCGAUGAUGACAAGAACUUGGAAAAGGCUAUGUCAGAUGUCACAGGAUAUCGCAAACCCACGCCCAAUCCAUCUGAAGACUUUGAUGUGACUGUUGAAGAAAAUACGGGGAAAACCUCYGUGGGGAGCUCGUAUUUACCUACGAAACUGAAUGUCCCUGAAGUCGUGAAGGGAGGGCUACAAGCAGCGAAUCAAGUAGAUGGUAGUGAUCAAACUUUACAAAGUUCGGAUGGAAAGACCAAUGGGACUGUACUGGCUCAUUCGUGGAGUGUUGACCUGGAUAGCGCUGGUAAUAAUGAAUAUCAUUAUGACAAUGGUAGCCAGGGUAACAGCUUGGGUAGCCAUGGCAACGUAGAGGGCACUAACCCCUUAAAAGUAGGUGCUGGUGGUAGCAAUAUUAGCAACCAUAUCGGAAAUCCUGCUUUACUCUUUAACCAAGGAAGCAAAGGCAAAGAAGAUGAUUCGAAUGCCUACAGCGAAGUCKUAAAUGAGGUUGACGACUCCUUUAAACAAAGCCUCAAUUUCGGUAAUGACUCUGUAUUGUCUGGUGGAAAAAACAAAGAAAUCUCAAGCAGCAACAAUAAUAUUAUUACUAGUGAUAUUGUUUCAACUAAAUUGUUGAAUGUUAGCCAUAAGGCUUCAGGUUUCAUCAGCAAAGAUAACCGCCGUAUUGAAAGCGCUUUUCUUGGUAACCUUGGCGAUGAGGUAAUAAACAAUGGUAGUAACCAAAAAUUCUCAAAUAAGGUCCAUUUGCAAGGAAUGGUAACAGACGCUAGUAAUGUCAUCAAUGUUACAAAUAUAAUUAGCGACCUCCAGGGUAAAAAUAAUCCAAUAAGUGCCCAGAGCAACGUUGCUGUUUUGGGAAAUACAGCUUAUGAAAACAGCAUAAGAAACUCAAGUAACACGAUAAGUCAAAACACCAUAAACAACAGCACUAGUUUUGAUAAUGAGGAAAGUGCUGGCAGUAGUAGCCAUGGAAACACUAUUGUUACCGUUGGCAACGCGGACAGUAGCAAAAGCAAUAAUGGCAACGUCCAUAUAGAAAUCAUAGACAGCAUGCCGAAAAAAGAUGAUCAAAAUGGCCGUCAGGAUAGUAGCCAUGGCAACACAGACAACCCACUAGAACAAAAUGGAAAGAACGCUAAUGAUAAUGUCGAUAACCAGCAGGUUGAAAGCGCAGCUACGUCAUCAAGCUUUCUGAAACAGCAUCCCAAUGCAUUCAAGAUUCUUAUGGAGUAUUUCCGCAAAGAGACGUCACUCCAACAAAAAUUGCGUGACAGAUUGAAUGCCUUGAGGAAAACACAAAUAAACGAAAAUGCGAUGAAGAAGUCRUUUGCAAGUGUACAUGAGUUGGAAGAGAUUCCAAAGCGGCCUCUUCCUUUGAGAGAUUUUGUCGCAGAUUUCCUUAAAUUUACUUCCGAAAAUGUUCCUCAGAAAGCAAAAUCCCAGAUUAUAUCAAAAGCAAAAGCAAAUAAGCAAGGUUUUCUUAGAGAUAAAGGAAAACUGACAAGACAGGAAAAGCCUAGCAGAAAACGUCGGAAACCGAUUGUAGGAGCGCACCGCAAGAUCGCGGUAGGACUGCAUAACAGUGUUCAAGCUUCUAAGCAAGCAUUUCCGUCACGUAAAGCAGAUGUGACUUUCGUAGCAGAUUUCGAAAAUGUGACGGAAGUUGCAAAAGAGAUUAAUGGAAACAUUACRAAAAUAUUUCAAGAUGCAAUGAAUUCAAACAGUCAAGACGGCAUGAAGGUCGAACCAAGUGCUAGUAGUGCACUUGGUCUUGCUGAGGAGAGGAUUGAUAAAAUAAUUGCCCAAAAUGAAAUUCCUCAAAAUGUGGCAGAGCAGUAUCUUGAAAGUAACGCACGUAAUGAGGAAGAAACUACUUCUGCAGGAAAUAAUAACGCAAUAGUAAAAGAAGCGAGUGGUACUCWUGAAGGUAACGCAACAUCAGUGGAAGCAACAGGUUCUGCCGGAAGUAACGCAAUAAAAGUAGAGGCGAUAGGACCAGUUGAAAGUAACGCAAUGCCAAAUUUAGCAAGAGGACCUCUUGUAAAUCAUAGUAACGCAAUUUCAAAAGUAGGUGCAGCGCCAAAAAAAAGUGACCCAAUAUCAAAAGAAGCAUCUUACAGCAURGGACAGACCAGUACUUCUGAAGCAUUAUAUGACUUCAUUCAUGCCAAAAGCAGUUACAUGGAUUCCAAAACGAURAUGUACAAAAGAGAACUCAAGUCCCUAGAAGUUUCUUUAUCGCAAGACUUCUUUAAUUCCUGGAUGUAUCAUUAUCGGUCGUUUGAAGAGAUGAGUAUCAAGCCCCAACAGCUUCGCUYCGGGAUCGCAACGGUGGGGUCUACCGAACGCCUUGAGCGCGUUAUCAAGAAAGCUCUCAAAGGAGAGAGAAUCAAUAUACUGAUAGUUGGUGGUUCGAUCUCCGCAGGUGGAGGACUGGAGAGAGACAGGCAUGAUCUGCAUGGGAUUUACUACAAAGCUUUUGUAGAAUGGUGGAAAACUACGGUCACGCCUAUCACUACGUCGGAUUUAAAGCUAAAUGUAGUAGCCAUAGGAGGUACAGAUUCUGAGUACUUCUCCUAUUGUAUCAAGAACUAUAUUCAUGACCAUCCUGACCUUGUCCUCUGGGAACUUGCUGCGAAUGAUUACCGUCGAUAUGAAGGGCGAGAAAUGGAUCCUGGCAAACCCCUGGAGCAGCUGACUAGACUCCUACUUACCCUCCCUUCCCAGCCCGCACUUAUUUUCAUCAAUUAUUUCCGAGGGGAUUAUUAUAAGACAACCUUGGGGCAGAACUGCCCUGACUCGGAAGACGAGAGUGGUAGACUUAUGGCAGAAUAUUAUAAGAUAACAUCACUGUCUUGGCGGAAUAUCAUUUGUUCUCAGAUAAAGACGGAUGUGCGUCCUAGCAAUAGCGCAAAAAGGGAAUUCACUCCAUUGAMUUUGAAGACCCUGUUCAGCUCCGAUGGAUACCACCCAAGCCUUCUGGGCCAUGCGCAGUGCGCUACUCUUUUAAUUUCGUACAUUCGUAGUGUUUUUGAAGAAGUAGUUUCAAGAGAAAUAUCUAGAAUCGACGAAGGAAAGGCUGACGAUAAUACCAAGUCUAAUAAAAGUAACCUUCCAAUGCCCAUAUAUGGCGAUCCCGUAGCUCCAAAUCCCAUGUGCUGGACACUCCUUACGCCAGACUUUCAUCGUMCAAUAGAAAACCAGCUACCGGGCAUGCGCAUUAUAGAAGCAAACGGAUUUGAGUUUACAAACAUCACUCGUUGGCCGGUCAGAAUGGACCGUUUAAGGUGUCUCAAAGCACUACACUCGGACGCUAGUCUGAGAAUAAAGUUCGACGUUUCGAUGAAUGACAAAUCUAGCACAAAGAGAAUUGUUGCGGUUAUUUCUCAUAAUAGUUUCUCGGGUAGUGCUAGGGUAUGGCUCGAUAAUGAUCAGAACAAUGCCSUGAUUAUCGAGGAGCCUUCUGGUCAAAGACGAACACAGGCGAAUAUCAUCAAACGUGUCUUACAACCAGGGAGUCACGUGAUUACCAUCAGGUCGAUUACUCCUGGGUUUUGUUUUUCGGCAUUAGCUAUCCUUUAAUAACAUUAUCUACCACAGGGCUCGGAGCUAGGGGGCUGAAUGGCUAUAGCUCCACCAAUGAUUUUGCCGCCAUCUUUGACCAGUCGCUUACGUUUCACUCAUUUGAUAUAGAAKUCAGUGUUCGGAAGAGAUUUCUGAAAUAGUAUUAGCACCUCCAAUCUAAAACUCGCUCCGCUGUCCCUGUACCAGAAGCUGUGGUAUUUUCUCGCGUAAAGUAACACUGGUACCCUAAUUUCUGGUUUGAGUUGUACCUUCUUGAAUGUUUUCAAAAAUGAAAAAAAUGAAAUACUACACCUUGACUAGACCCAUUUAAGACCCAAUUACAGCUACCUUUUUGUUCUUAAUGCGCAUGAACAUGAUAUCGAAGUCGUCAGUAUUCCCGACUAUUUUUGACAUUGUGCGCGUUUUUUAAGAUUUUAGGUAGACAAAAUACUCGAUGUUGUAAGACGAUAUGGUUUGGUAUCUGAGAGUUCCAAACGACUUUUGCGAUCGAAAAAAGCUGCACCUGUGGUUUGCGUGCGAUCAUUUUAUUCCAUUUUUUAAACAGCGCAUCAAUGGAUCCAUAAAGAACCUCAUCACGGCAAGCUCAGUUGAUAAUGAUCAGAUAUCAUAUUUCUUUUUUUCUUUUUUCAUUUAAGCAAUAUGGAGUAGUCUCCCCCGUAUCAGAUAACAGACUGCGGAUAGAUUAAAAAUCCCUCAUUAAAGAUAGAAGCCUUACAAAUGAAUUACCAGAGACUCAAUAACUCUGUUAUUGAAAACAUAUCUCUCUUAUGAGUUCAUAAGAAAACACACACUAUUUUCUUAACACGAUUGUGUAAAAUUAACCAAUCACAARACACAAAACCGAGAGCCAAGGUAAGCGUCUAUCAAAUGUUUUUUGGCACUGAGUCUUUGAGUGUCAUGUACUUUCAAUGGUGAUUUUGUUUCAUUCGAAAUUUCAUUCUAUUCGUUUUAAAAAGAGUUAAUACUAGAGAUGACAAAUGAAUAAGUAUUUACAGUUCUGCAAACACCUGACGACUCGAUGUAUACUCCAGCAAGAUUGAUAAGAAAACACUUAGAAUACCUUUUUGAAGAAUUUGGAUAUUUUUUAUUCAGUUCUUUUUAUUCCGGAUUGACUCGUCUCUUAUUCAGCCGUUUAUCUCAACUUAUGGUCUAUCUAUCAGUCACAACACAUGUAACAGGUGAUCUGAAGGCAAAAUAAUAUCUUAGGCUUCUUAUCAACUUAUCA